AUUAUGUUUGAUGAAAGUCAGGCUUCAGAAAUUCAUGGAGUUGAAAAACAUACUUGAGGAUCAAAUGGCUACUGCUUUGUGGUUCUUCAGGUUCCCACCACCAUGGAUGGCAGUUGUUGCUCCAUUUCUUAUAUUGAUGGGAUUAAUGGGCUUUGGGUUCUUCUCCAUCUUCCUAACAUCAAUGGUAUUGAUUCUGUCAACUGUUUUCUUCACAUUUUGUAAGCAAAAACCUGUUCUGGUUGAGAAGUUAGUUGAAGAAAAGGUUCUCAUCAGGUGUGACCAAUCGUUCUCUCCUUGCUUGGAAGAUGCAUCAAGAACACAACAUGAUGAGGAAGAAACUGCUGCCUUACAAAAGAAGGAAGCUCAAGAAGAAGGUAUGAACCCUGUUCAUAAUUACUUAGGAGCAUCACCAUGUUCACCAGAUUUGAUAUCAGAAAGAGAAUGCCUUGAUCACUUGUCAACUAGUGAUGAAUCUGAAGUAGACUGGUCAUUUGGAGACAACGCGGUUCAGAGUCCGGAUUGCUCAGACGGUUCCAUCUCCGACGAGGAUAGCCUCAUCGAAAUAGCCCUGCCUGGCGGAUACUAUGUUGGUCAUAAGGAACAAGACUCAAUCUUUAAUCUGCAGCAGAAAAGGCCAGGUUUGUCACACCAGUCCAUCUUCCAACAGCAUACUCUAUUGGAGCUCUUAGCUGAGAUCAAUGAGAUGAAUGAGGAAGAAAACUUGAUCGAAAUCGACUUGUCCAUGGGCUCUAUCAAGUGUUCAAGGUUUGAGAUUGAAGCUUGAGUUACCCUUUUUUCAGAGUUCACCAUAUUUAAGUUUUUGAUCCACCCUGGAUUUUGGUUGAAAGUUACAUGCUUCUGUGCUUUUGCUACCUUGUGUUAUAUUGUUGUGCACUGUGAAGCUCCUGCUUUUUGACAAACUUUGGAUACCCCAUUAAAGCAUUUGUACUAUGCCACUUUAUU